UUCUCAACUCCAUACGUUCCUAACCUCACGCUCCCAUCAAUAACAACUUAUAUAUAAGAGAUCGAUGGAUCGCUUAAUCCAUUCAAAAAACAGUCCCCUUCUCUCUUCCAUCUAAUCUAAUCUGCAAUUGAUGGCGAAUCAGGAAUGCUUGCGCGGCUUCGUGGACUUCCUGCCUUCGAUGGCGGAGAGGCUGGGCACCAGCGGGCUGUUGGAGGAGUUGUAUAGGGGGUUUUAUCACCUGGUGGAUCCUCAGAGGGGGAUGAUUACGCUGGAAAGCUUGAUGCAGAAUGCUCGGAAAUUGGGCAUUGGUGAGUUGGGAGAGGAACAGGCGGUGGGGAUGCUCAGAAUGGGGGAUUUGAAUGGAGAUGGGGCGUUGGAUCACAACGAGUUUUGCAUGCUCAUGCUUCGGCUCAACUCCGAGACCAUCUAA